AUGGCGGACUCAACAUACAUCAAGCCGGAGCCAUAUAUCAAGCCCGAUCCCGAAGCCAUACCUGCCGCUCCUGUCGACGACGAUGACCUAUACGAAGAUGCUGGCGAUCUGGAGUUCUUCGACCAGUUCGGUGAUCAAGGCUCCUUCGGCCAGGCAUAUCUAGCACGCGUUCCGAAGGACCUGUGGGAAGCAUGGGAUAGCUUGCCGGAUGACGCAGAAAUCGAGAUUGGCACCAUGCGACAGUGGGAUGUGGUCCGUCCAGAUGGCAGCGUUGAGCACCAUUUCAAAAUGUUACUCAAUUCCGACCGCGCCGAGCAUCAGCUGAUGCCGAAAGAAUACGACUUAGAGAUGGGCAAGGAGAUCGCGCGCAGCACGUUCGUUUUCACCGAGGAGGACCUACCUGGCUUCAAGGCCAAAUCCAAGGCGCGAACAGAUGCUGCAAACGCUGGCAUUCCGGCUCGAUUCCUGAGACCCAAGACGGAGAAGGUAGAGAAGAAACCAUUCGAGAAGGGUCGCAAAUGGCAACCCUACUACCGCAAAGCGAUCCCAAAGAAGACAAAGAUUGCCGCUAGGAUCCAGUACGAGCUGGCGUGCAAGCCAGUCGAUAACGCGGAGAGCCAGGCAAUUCUUCAACGGAAGCAAGUCGAGGCUCAGAGGCCCAAGCAUACCCUGCAGAUCAUGGAACAGCGCGCAGCCAACAGCAUUAUCCACCAUGGCUCUGCAGCUGCGGUUGAGAAGUUUGGCUCCUUCAUUAAAACGUCUGCGCCUACCAAGGCCACCAAGCCGAAGAAAUCCGAAAACAGAUCCGCCCGCAUGUCGGAGGAACAACUGUUGGAUGGUCUCAUGGAGGCUUUCAGGAAGUACGAGUACUGGAAGAUGUCGAUCCUCAAGGCUAGAUUUGACCAGCCCGAGGCUUUCUUACGCCAGACAUUGGAAAAGAUAGCGGUACUUAACAGGUCCGGCAUUCACGCCAACGAGUGGUCGCUUCAGGAGCACUUGAAGAGCAUGGCGUCCGGCGCCACUAAUGAGACGGCACCGGAGGAAGCCGCCGCAGAGGACGACGAUGACGAAGUGAUUAUGGAGGAUGUUGUCUACCAAUCUUCCCAAACACAACGUCAAGACCGCGCUAUAUCACGUGUUGCGGAAAUGCCCCCUUUAACUCCCAUUCUCGUGUUGGACUUUGAUGGUACCAUUACGACAAAGGAUACGAUUGGUACAUUGGCAGAAAUCGGCCUCCAAUUCCAGCAGCAGCGCGGGGUUGAUCUCUCUUCAAAAUGGCAGCAGAUCCUGCUAGAUUACAGCAAAGACCAUGCCAACCAUGUGUCCACGUAUCUUCCAAUCGCAGAUGACAGAUCCUCACUCAAAGACGAGCUCGCCUUCUUGCGGGGUCUGAAGGAGGUUGAAAUGCUAUCAGUCCAGAGAGUCGAGAGCUCAGGCAUCUUCCGGGGCAUCGGCCUGGAAUAUCUUACACUUGCCGGUGAAACUUGUCGAAAGGAAGGGAGAGUCAAGUUAAGGGAUGGUUUUGCGGAGCUCAUGAAUGCUGCCAGAGAGAAGGGCUGGUCCGUCGCAGUAGUCUCCGUCAACUGGUCUAGAUCAUUCAUCAAGGGUGUCCUCUCAGACUAUAGCGUCGACGUUGUCGCUAAUGAGAUCGAGCUGAACGGGAGCAUCUCAGGGCCGGAAGUAGCAGGCUCAUCAACAAGGCAGGCAUCUUUGAUGACGUGCGAGGAUAAGCUGCGAGCCCUUCGAACAUUGGCGGCUCGGCGAGGAGUAGAGGAUGUUGGGGCGCUGGUGUAUUUUGGCGACUCCACUACGGAUAUUGAGUGUCUUUUGGCAACCCGAGGAGUUGUGAUAUCGUCCAACGCCGAGUCGAGUUUGAUGAAGACUCUGAGGAGAAUAGGGUACCAAGUGCCAAAGGUGGAUAAUGUUCAGGCGCCCGAAGGCACAGCAUGGGCAUCAACCUUUAUAGAGGUUCUCGAAAGUGAAUUACUAUCUUUCAAGAAGUCCACAUAA